ACCCGCCUAUCAGUGAAACCUAUGAAAAAUUGCCGUCGCUAGCGGGCAAAGUAUCCACCUUUAAAGAUGACUCGUUUGGGAAAGUGAAGCCAGAUUAUCACUGAAGAGUGAUGGAAGGCUUAGGCAUAGCCUAUUUUCUUACACAACUUCUUGGAUUCUUAAUUGUGUUUGGCAACUAUUACGUUGUUUGAAGAUGAAUGCAUUUUUUUAUUUUAUUCUUGAAGACGUUUGAGAAAGACAAUGAAACGGAAAGGUACCUCUGCAUAUAGCAAACCACUGAGGAGCGUCGGUCUGGAAGUGACAGAAAUCAUGAAGCGGAGAAAAUUCGGCAUUUUUAAAAUGAACUCUAUAGGCAGAGAUAUGUCACACUGAAAGGAGAAAAUAUAGGCUAACAUAUGUCUUCUGGCAUGGAGCGCAGCGGUCACUUCAAGCCAACAUCUGCACAUUUCGACCCGGUUUUAAACAGUUCGACCAGCCCCGGCGCUAAUGUGACUUUAAUCCCUAAAACUGACGAAGACGAUACAAGUUUUGCUUUCCAAGUCACGUUGGCGUUAGUUCUCGGCGUUUUAACUCUCGCCACAAUAUUAAGCAAUGCGUUCGUCAUCGCGACUAUUUCCCAAUCGAGGAAGCUCCAGACACCGGCGAACUUCUUGAUCGCGUCCCUGGCGGUCACGGACCUUUUGGUGUCGGUGCUCGUAAUGCCUAUUUGCGCGCUUUACACGGUCACUCGCGAGUGGACGCUCGGGCAGAUUAUUUGCGACAUUUGGCUGUCCUCAGAUAUAACCUGUUGCACCGCGUCUAUUCUUCACCUGUGCGUAAUUGCUUUGGAUCGAUACUGGGCUAUAACGGACGCGGUCGAGUACGCCAAGAAACGUACCCAAGCGCGCGCCGCGGGAAUGGUGGCGACCGCGUGGAUCAUCGCCAUCUCCAUCUCUCUGCCUCCUUUUUUCUGGCGACAGGUGAAGGCAGGGGAACUGACCACCUGCACGGUGAACACAGACCACAUCUUUUACACCGUCUACUCCACAUUUGGGGCUUUCUACAUCCCCACGCUGCUGCUCAUCGCGUUGUACGGGAGGAUAUACGUGGAGGCGCGGAAGCGCAUCUUGAAACAGUCCCCCAAGAAAGCGGGGAAAAGACUCACUUCGGCGCACUUAAUCACGAAUUCACCAGCAUCGGUGGCUUCGACUUCUCCCUUGCAUUGUGGACGGCAAGAUCUUUGCUCUGACACCGGCUCCAUGAACAGUGACAACCAGAUCAGAGUAACUGUAUCCGACUCACUUCUGGAGAAAAAGAGAAUAUCGGCUGCGAGGGAGAGGAAAGCCACUAAAACGCUGGGCAUUAUAUUGGGAGCCUAUAUUGUUUGCUGGCUGCCGUUUUUCAUCUUCGCGCUGCUGGUUCCUCUCUGUCCGUCCUGUGGGUUUUCUCCAGAACUCUUUGACUUUUUCACAUGGCUUGGUUACCUCAACUCAUUGAUCAACCCAAUAAUAUACACCAUGUCGAACGAUGACUUUAAAAAAGCUUUUCACAAACUCAUAAGAUGUUGCAGACGUUAGGACGAUAGAGAUAUGAUAAGUUCAUAUGGGCCUCGUUUGUAGAUGCGUAAGCGGAAUGUUCAUUCAAUGACUUUGGAUUUCGUAAGUGGCAGCUUGUUGUCUAUAAAUAAUAACGCAAAAUUGUGUAAAAAUCAGCAUUGUCUUUAUUUCUUAUCAUAUGUGCAAUUAAACUGAUCUAACAAGGUCAUUGCCUAGAGUCGCUUAUCAUAAAUUUAAUUAAUAAAUUGGGCAAUCCAUUUGCUUGUGUUUAAAUUCAGUUACCUUCUUUCAGUCUUAUGAAUUAUUAAACACCAAUAUUUGCAUCACUCCCAGCAGAGCAUGGCCACCUUAAUUCGGUUUCUAAAAAAGCCCCACUCAAAAAUGAAAUAUAUAAUUAUAAAUAACACAGUAUUGCAUCUGUAUUUUGGUUGCUAUUAUGCUGUCAGUGAUGAUGACGAGAU